CAAACCAAUUUAAAAUAAAGUGUAAAAUAUAAAAAUUCAACCCGAUGUCCGAGUCAACAGAUCCUCAGUGCGCCACCUCCAAAUCCAACCUGAUCAAAGUCCAUCAUGUGGGUGUAACGGCCAAGAUGCAAUCGCCGUUGAAGAAGCUGCUCCCUCGAAUGAGUUCCUCCAGCGAUUCGGAUGCUUGCCAGCACAGCCAAGCUCAAUAUAACAUGUUUAAGGACGAUCAGCGAGGUGAGAUGACCGAAUCCACAAUUUCCGGUAGCUCCCCACAUACUCUCUAUCAAAUGCACGCCGAGCCGGAGAAGAGUCUGCUAAACCUUUCAAAAAAUAAGCCGCACAGGAUCGAGUUCCAGCGAUACUCAAAAAAGCGUCCCCAUGUUAUUAUUCCAACGAGAUCUGCUCCCAAGGUAAAAACUCGUUCGAAAUCCCAUAGAGAAUCUGAGGUGAAGAAACGCAAGGCUGGUUUCCUGACCCGUUUGUUUGAAUCGCUGGACAAGAUGUGCAAGUGCCAAGUGCAGACUCAGAAGUCUAUUAUCGAUGAUCUGCCGGAACCGCAGUGGAAUCAAAAAGAAGCCAGCAGGCAUACCUGCAUAGGUAUUUACCCAUUCGAACAUGGAUGUGCGGACUAUCUGAGCACCACUGACACCCAUCCCAAGAUCAAUUCAAUUGUUUUGGCGGAUCGGGCAACCACGUAUGCCACCCACUUCUGGGCGGAACUCUUUGGACUCCUCCACAUCGGAGUGGCCUUCGUGGUUGCCUUCAUUCUGCAGAGCUACCGAUUUGUUCUGUACUCCCUGGUGAACACUUUGAUCGUCGGACUUCUCCACAUGACGUCGGAUUACUUUCUAAAGCCCUUCUUGACCAUGACUUUUAACGGUUUCCUGCAGCCACCUUUGAUUUUCCUUUAUAAUAUUUUGUGUUCUAUAAGGGACAUAAUGGAGCCAGUGGCAAAUACCCUAAACAACUUCAUGAAACCACUGGCCACUGUGGGAAGUAGUAUACGGUUGGUGGAUGUCAACUACAAGCAGAUUCAUAAACUGGCCAAAGACGUUUAGGAAUACUUUUUUCUUAUCUGUUAAAUUGUUGUUUAUUGUUAUCGUUCUGUUUCUUAGUUUAAUUAAAUAUUAA